AUGGCGACCGACCUCGCCAGCACCAGCGUCUCCUCAUUUCCCCAUGUUGCCCAACAUCAACGCCAGCCUCACCCUUCGUCAACCCUGAUGGCGCCUCGUUUCAUCUCCCCAGCCAACGCGGGUGCGUACCUGUCCGCGCUGGGCAUCUCUUUUACUGAAGAUGGCGAUAUCACCACAGAUCAGGAUCUCGGACGCGUCAGUUUCUCCGACGUAGCUGAUGUCGUUGAAGAUCCUGUUGCCUCCUCAGCAGCAGCAACAGGACACACUUGGAGAUUCGUCGCUGAGGCCGACGAGGACGAGUCAGAGCCAGCAUAUGACUCGGACGAAGCAGAUGACAGGUCCACCUCCUACGACGACGCAUACGAACCGGAUGAUGACGGCGCUGCCAGCUCCGGCGACGAAGCAGAAAUCAAUGGAUUAUAUGAAAGGGACGACGACGUUGACCUCUCCGACGAAGAGCCCACCGAAACCGAUAGCGGCGCGCUCAGCUACACCGCCACCGCCCGCUACCUUUGCCUCGUCGUCGUGACCGACUUGCAGCCCGAGCCCGGCAACCCCGCCGCGCCCGCAAAGGAAUACGUCACGUCCCUGGAAGUCAAGCAGGACCGACCCUUCACCCGCCACCACAUCCGACUGCCGCACGCAUCGAUCGUCGUCCAUCUGCUCUGGGACGAUCGUAAGAUGCAGCCGCAGUAUCAGAUCCGCCAGUCGUGGCAGGUGCCGGGCCACGUGCAUGAAUUCCGCAUUGUCCACCAUAACCUCGUCGACAGGCCGUGUGGUGGUCCGUGUGCGCGGCGAUGUGCUUCGCAGUUCCGAUCGGAGGUGCAGCAUUGGGUUGAUCGCAAUUUCCGGUCGUUGGACGGUGAUAGUGAUGAGGAUAUGUGGAUGGACUAA